AUGAAUGAGGAGAAGGGGGAGUGCCCAGAGGCCUGUAAGGGACUUCAAGGCAGCUGGGCCAAGCCAGCCCAGGGCACAGGACCGCUGGAGGCACAUCUGGGAGAGCCAUACCCAGCUGAGAGGAGCCACAUGAAGAUGCCAGCCCUGCCUGCAGAUUAUCUUGAUAAUGGUAAUAAUAAAAUGGCAAUUCAGCAAGCAGAUAAACUGUUGAAGAAAAAUAAGGAUCUUCAUUGUGCUAAGGUCUUAAAGGCAAUUGGUCUACAGAGAACUGGAAAGCAAGAAGAAGCCUUCACCUUGGCACAGGAGGUGGCAGCCCUUGAACCCACAGAUGACAACUCACUGCAGGCACUGACUAUUCUUUACCGGGAGAUGCAUCGACCGGAGUUAGUUACAAAACUUUAUGAGGCAGCUGUGAAGAAAGUUCCCAAUGGUGAGGAGUAUCACUCUCACCUUUUCAUGGCCUAUGCCAGAGUGGGUGAAUACAAGAAAAUGCAACAGGCUGGCAUGGCUCUAUAUAAGAUUGUCCCUAAAAACCCUUACUACUUUUGGUCUGUGAUGAGCUUAAUUAUGCAAUCUAUAUCAGCACAGGAUGAAAACCUCUCAAAAACAAUGUUUCUGCCGCUUGCUGAGAGAAUGGUUGAAAAAAUGGUGAAAGAGGACAAGAUAGAAGCUGAGGCUGAAGUUGAACUUUAUUAUAUGAUCCUGGAACGUUUAGGAAAGUACCAGGAAGCCUUGGAUGUCAUCAGAGGGAAAUUAGGAGAGAAAUUGACAAGUGAGAUUCAGAGUCGAGAAAAUAAAUGCAUGGCUAUGUACAAGAAGUUGAGCAAGUGGCCUGAGUGCAAUGCCCUAUCUCGGCGCCUCUUACUAAAAAACUCAAAUGACUGGCAGUUCUAUCUGACUUAUUUCGAUUCUGUCUUUCGACUGAUUGAAGAAGCCUGGACUCCUCCCGCUGAAGGUGAACAUUCUUUAGAAGGGGAAGUACAUUAUUCCACAGAAGAAGCUGUGAAGUUUAUAGAAGAUCGGAUAACAAAAGAAUCUAAAAGUUCUCGACAUCUUCGAGGACCACAUCUAGCUAAACUGGAGCUGAUUAGACAUUUACGAAGUCAAGGUUGUAAUGAUGAGUAUAAACUGGGUGAUCCAGAAGAAUUAAUGUUCCAAUAUUUUAAAAAGUUUGGGGAUAAACCUUGUUGUUUUACAGACCUUAAGAUGUUUGUUGACCUUUUGCCCACUGCACAGUGUACAAAAGAUGAUGGGAUCCUUAAAGCAAGCACAGUGUGUCCUGCUGUGGCGUCCUGUGGGCUGUGUGGCUUCAGCAGUAUUUGA